AUGACGGAGCAAAUCCAUGUUCCCCUCUCCCCAAAAGGGCUUGAGGUUCUAAAACUUGAACAGACUCGCUCUGCAUUUUCCUCUGCAGUUCAAGGAAAAUUUGGUUGUACCAUUGAGUUCAAAAAUGUGGCUGCAGCUUCAUCAUUUGCAAGUGGCAGAGCAAAAAUCACACGUCAAAUUAAGUACAGCAAACAGCUGCCUAAUGGUGUCAACAUAUCUGUCUGGAAAGAUGAUCUUACUACACAUACAGUUGGUGCUGUGGUUAAUGCAGCCAAUGAAUUUUUAAGUCACGGAGCAGGACUUGCUCUAGCGCUGAGUAAAGCUGGAGGUCCUGAGAUAAACAGAACAAGUAAAGAAAUAAUAAAACAUCAUGGUAAAGUUCCCACAGGUGAUGCCGUUCUUGCCCCAGCUGGAAAUCUUCCUUGUGAUAUGAUCAUACAUGCUGUUGGACCCAUGAUGUCAUCAAGUCCAUCAGGAAUGGAAAUUCAAAAAGCCUCAGACUUGUUAGAGAAAGCAAUUCGGCGCAUCUUAGAGAUAACUGAUCGCAGUAACCUGCAGUCUGUUGCGAUUCCAGCGAUUAGCUCAGGCAUUUAUAACUUUCCACUGCACCUUUGUGCAAAAAUCAUUGUAAACACUGUGAAGGCAUACAGUUAUGCAAAGAAAUCAGGACACAGUGGGAUGGACGUCCGUCUGGUGAAUAACGAUGAUCCAUCAGUUUGCGAGAUGGAGAGGGCCUGCAAUGCAGUUUUCGGGCCAUCUGACUCCCCACAUAUGAGUGGUGCAGUGCAAAGGCAGAGGCAGGAAUCAACACAGUCUGUGCUCUCAAGUCUGGUGCUUGGAAAUGUGACACUUGUCCUUAAAAAGGGGGCCAUUGAGGAUGAAAGAACAGAUGUCAUUGUAAACACGACAGGCACCGACCUUGAUUUAUCAAAAGGGUUGGUAUCGGUUGCUUUACUGGGAAAAGCUGGAAACAGUCUUCAAAAAGAAAUAAAGCAAUUUAAGUCCUGGCAUUCCAAUGUUCCUGUGGGAGAAGUUUUUGAAACCAGUGGCUAUGCUCUUAACUGUAAGACAGUAUUCCACACUGUCUGUGCUCCAAAAGAUAACACUCAUGCCAAUCAGAUUCUUAAUAAUGUGGUACAAAAAUGUCUCGAAAAAGCAAGCGCUAAAAUGAUUUCAUCUAUAUCUUUCCCUGCGAUUGGCACUGGAAACCUUGGGCUUAGGAGAGAUGAAGUAGCUCAAAUAAUGAUCAAAGCCGUAACAGAUUUUGCACCAUUUUGUGAUUGGAAAUUGAACGUAUGCUUUGUAAUUUUUCCAAAGGACAUUGAGACAAUAAGGGCUUUUGAAAAAGAAAUGGCUUUUACUCAGCAACGACUUGAUCCUGGAGUGUUAAGCCACACCAAUAGCAAAAGCCAGGUCUCUCAUAGCAGUGUGGAAGAAAAAAGACCUUGCAUCAUGUUAUUUGGAAACUCAACAGAGGCAUUAAAAGAGGCAAAACAAUGGUCUCUCAACAUCCUAGGCAUAUCAUCACACAAAGUGGCAAUCAGUAACAACCACGUUGCGCACUUGGACCAGGACGAUCAUGCAAAUCUCACAAAAAUCCAGGCCACAUUUAAUGUAACCAUCAAAGAGCUCUUCAAGGAGGGCAGAUGUGAAAUUAUCAUUAAUGGGGAGCCUGUGAGUGUCAGUCAGGCAGCAGUGGAGGUGGAAGCAUUGCUGUGUAAGACCCAAGAGCAAUUUGCUGCAACAGAAGAAAGAGAAAUGAACCACUGGUAUAAUAUUCCUGGUUUCAAAGCAGGAUCAAUUGAGAGAAGACCUAAAGAUCGUAGCAGCCAAGAGUGCACAAAAAUAGUGGACAAAUUAGAAAAAACAGGCCUGUAUGUUGAGAAGGUGGAGGAAAUAAACAACCCUUGCCUAACAAAGAUCUUUGAGUUGAACAAAAAGCGAAUAGGUUCUGAAGGCAAGACACUGUACCAGCGUGUGAAUGCACAGUUCUGUAAUCUGAUCUGCAAGGUGGGCUUUCAGAGGGAGUAUGCACCACCUACAGAGCAAAAGUAUGGAGCUGGAAUCUACUUCACUACAGAUUUGAGCAAGGCAAAAUACUUGUGGCCAGACAGUGAAGAAGUGUACGUCUACAUCAUUGUAGCUCAGGUGCUCACUGGCAAAAGUACAUCUGGCUCAUCAGGUUUGAUUUUACCUCCUCCAAUUGGAAAUGACCCGCUACAUCGUCAUGAUAGUGUGAACAAUAUUAUAAAAGACAUCUUUGUUAUAUUCAAUGGCCAACUGGCUCUCCCUAAGUUCAUCAUCACAUGCAAACGAAGCCGGUCUACUGGUGUUUAGCUCAAGGCCACUCAUGGCAUUCAAAUCUGAGUCAUUCCAUGAGCUCACAUAAAUACAUACAGACAGGUAAUUUCAUUCAUUUGAGGUUAUACAGGGUCAUACACAUAAAAUAAUUUACCUUUAAACAUACUGAUGCACCAUUAGGAUGCAAAACAAAACGCAUUUUAUAGAUUUAAAUGAAACUGAAAUCAAUUUAAGUUCUUGGAUUAAAUAUGUGCACUAUAUGGCCAGAAGUAUGUGGACAUUUGACUUUAUUGGACGUAUUAUUCCAAAACCACGGACACAUGGAAUUGGCCUGCCUUUGCAACUAUAACAGCCUCCACUCUUUUGAAAAGCUUUUCCACGAAAGCUGAAUUUGUGCCCAUUCAGUCAAAAAAAGCAUUUGUGAUGUCGGGUACUGAUGCAGGCACUGAUGUUAGACUAACGUUCCAAUUCAUCCCAGAGGUUUUCAAAGAUUUUGAGGCCAAAGCUAGAUACAGGUUAUACAGGGUCAUACAUUACAUAUGGCAAAUAUAACUCUCUGUACUUCCUAUGUAUUUUAUCAGAAACAAUACAUAAUUUUGCUUGUUUCCCUUUAAACUUACUGAUGCACCAUUAGGAUGCAAAACAAAACACAUUUUUAUAGAUUUAAAUGAAACUGAAUGAAUUUAUGUACUGGGAAAAAUGUGCACUAUAUGGCCAAAAGUAUGUGGACAUUUGACUUUAUUGGACGUAUUAUUCCCAAACCAUUCCACUCUUGUGGAGAUCCUUUCUACAAAAGCUGAAUUUGUGCCCAUUUUGUCAAAGAGCAUUUGUGAUGACAGGUACUGAUGUUGGACGAACGUUUCAAUGCAUCCUAAAGGUUUUCAGAGAUUGUGAGGCCAAAGCUCUGGGCACAGGGGCACAGUAGUGCAGGAAACAUCUUUACACUCUCACCACAAAUUUGGAAAAAUAUAAUUGUCAUUUUUUUAGUAUUGAUAUGCACAUACAUGUUAGUAAUGGGAGUGGCUGAAACAUCUGAUCUUAACAUUUAUGAGGUGUUCACAUGCUUUUGGUCAUAAUGUGUAUAAAUAGGCUUAUAUGUGCAGGUGAUUUAUGCUGUUGGGUUACACUAAUCUGUCAGGGCUGUUUAUUUUAGAUUGCUUUGGGCUUGCUUAUGUAUAUUGAAGUUUACUGACUUUUAAAUGAAGGCUUUAUCAGUAGGUGUAGAUUUUAGAACAUUAGAGUGUAUGCACACUGAUAUUUAAACCAGUUUGUUUGUAAUCUGUUGUGUAAUAGUUAAGUAGGGCAGUGGUAGCUCAGUGAUUAGGGUAAACACAAGGGUGUUGGUUGAAGACCUACCAUCAAGUUGCCACUGUUGGGCAAGACCCUUAAUUUCUAAGUCCUUUUGGAUAAAGGUGUCUGCUAAAUGCUGUUAAGAAAGACAACUGUAAGCUUUAGUUUUAAGUACCAAGGGUGAUGAUGUUAUAUUAUAGUUUAUAAUAAUAACCUGGUUGUAUGCUGUACUCUGUUCUUCUGGUAAUCAAUGCAAUAAAAUGUAGUAAAUUUCA